CCGCGCGCACCCAGCACGACACCACAUACAACGAUGGCGGACGCGUUCAAGCUCGCGCCCGAGCAGGACACCCUGAGCAAGUACCGCGAUGAAUUCGUUGUGCCGACGUUCCGCCAGAUGAAGGCGAGCGCCGUGCCCGCUGAGAUCGCGGACGAGCCGAGCACGUACCUCUGCGGGAACUCGCUUGGGCUGCUCCCGAAGCGCUCGAAGAAGCUCGUUGAGGAGGAGCUCGAUGUUUGGGGGACGAGAGCGGUCGAGGGCCACUUUGACCACCCGCUAGGCCGGGACUGGAUGUUCAUCGCGGACACAGUCCACCCGCACCUAGCGCAAAUCGUAGGCGCGAACGAAUCGGAGGUCGCGUGCAUGGGCACGCUCACCGCGAACCUCCACUUGAUGCUGAACGCAUUUUACAAGCCCACCGCGGAGCGAUAUAAGAUCCUCUGCGAGGCGAAGGCCUUCCCUUCGGACCAGUAUGCGAUGGCGACCCAGCUCACCUCGAGAGGGUACGACCCCGCCGACGCCAUUAUCGCGAUGAGCCCCCGGAAGGGCGAGCAUAUACUCCGGACUGAAGACAUCCUCAGUACCAUCGAGAAGGAGGGCUCCAGCAUCGCGCUCGUCUUGUUCGCCGGAGUGCAGUUCUACACCGGCCAGUGGUUCCAGAUGAAGGAGAUCACUGCCGCAGCGAAAGCGCAGGGAUGCGUGUGCGGAUGGGACCUUGCGCACGGCGUAGGGAACGUCCCCCUCUCGCUGCACGACUGGGGCGUCGACUUCGCAGUGUGGUGCACGUACAAGUACCUCAACUCCGGCCCAGGCGGCAUCGGCGGGCUCUUCGUGCACGAGCGCUGGGCAGACCUCGCAGUCCACGAAGCCGGCUGGUGGGGCCACGACCCCGCGACGCGGUUCGACAUGCCCCCACAGUUCAAAGCGAUCCGCGGCGCGCAGGGCUUCCAGCAGUCGAACCCGUCUGUGCUCGCGACCGUCGCGCUCCUCGGCGCGCUGCAGGUGCUCGCGGACGCAGGCGGCAUUCCCGCCGUGCGCGCGCGCUCCCUGCGCCUCACCGGCUACCUCGAGGCGCUCCUGCAGCAGAGCCGGUUCUACGCGCCCCCGGAACUGGCGUUCGCGGACGUGGAGGGGGUCAAGAUGACGAUCAUCACUCCGGCGGACCCGGCGCAGCGCGGGGCGCAGCUGUCGCUCGUGUUCUUGCCGACGGGGAGGGGGGUCAUGCCGAGGGUGCUGAAGGGGUUGGAGGCGAGGGGUGUUAUUGGCGACUCGAGGAAGCCGGAUGUGAUUCGGCUGGCGCCUGUUCCGCUGUACAACACCUUCGAGGACGUCGAGCGGGCGGUCAAGGUUUUGGACGAGGUGCUGCAGGAGGUGGAGAAAGAGGGUGUGCCGCCUCCCUCGUAAUCGUCAUGGGUUCAUAGCGUAGGCCGCAUGUUAGGAGAUGUAUAGCAGACAAGAAACACGGUGUAGGUUACAUAUGGGGAAAAACUAUCACGGAUCCAGAGUUCG